UUGCCUUUUCUUCUCGUUUCUUCCAAGUUUGAUCUCAUUUCUUUUUAGCGUUUAGAUGAAGUUGAUGUUUCUCUUCCCUUGGUCACCAUCUCUAAUCCCCCCAACCCAUUGUAGAUCAAAACCCCAAACCCCUAUAGAUCGAAACCCACGGCCCCUGUCCGGCAGCCUCCUACUCAGCCCCUGUCAAAACCCUCAUCUCCUUUGGAAACCUCAAACCCAUCCCUGUGAAAACCCCGGUCAACGUCCUCACCCAGCCCCUAUCAAACCCUAGCCAUUUUAUGGCACCGCCAUCUCUGUUUUCACAGUCGGCCGCCAGACCCAAAAACCGUGAUAUAGUCUCCGUGAUCCGCAACCCUCGAUCGAUCCAGAAUACUCAAUUGGCGUCGUGCAUUGAACCACCUGUGUCGCUGUCCCAUUAUUUCUGGCAGCAUUGCGGCAUCCUCCGUCGACACCACCAUCAUUAUUUCGGGCUGCAUUGCAGCGCCCGUUCAGUGGCAUCCUCCGUCAACAUUGUUGGUCUCGAUUGUUGCCUCUGCACUCCUGUUCCAGCUCAGCAGUGUGGAAUGCCAACAGCAGUAAUGGUGGAUCAGUUCUGGUGGGUUUCACCCAUUUCAACAGGCCAGGUAAAGUUUGUUUUAUGGUUGUUUGUAUGUUGUUAGAUUAGGUUGAAUGUUGGAAUUCGUGUUCAGCCUACAAGAUACUUGGAAUUAUUGUGCUAUUUAGGGCUAGUGUUCAAAGUGUCAGCGAAAAAUUGAUAAUAUCGAUGAUAUUAUCGGUGUCACCAAGCCGGCAACACCAAAACCCCCUAGUUUCAUAUUUCUUCCAAUUGUUGGCGAUAAAUAAAGUUAUCGACGAUAAAUUCGCUGUAAGCUAACCCACCAAAAAUUUCGGUAGUGCAUAAAUACGA